AUGGGAGACGCAGAGCACUACGACUCCACAGCGCGAGCGCUCGCCGCCGACUUCGAUUACAACGACUCCUCCGACGAGCCCAUCACCCCGACCUCCCACCCCCGCCGAAUAAACAGUCCACUAUGGUCGCGACGCUCCCUCGACUCCGGCAGCACUCGCCCACGCACAACAAAAGACCGAUGGCUACAAACCGCGGAGAAAUACAACCGUCAAGCAUCACGACUCUGGUCCAAACUCACGCUCCUCCAAAAAUCUCUCCUCGUCCUCUUCAGCCUCACAUCCCUGACAAUCACCCUACUCAUAGUAAUCUACAACGAGAAAUUCUUCGCCUACUUCGCCCCCGCCGCGAAAAAAUGGCGAAAUCUCCCAGCCGGAUGGUUGAUCCUCUGGGUCAUGGCAUUCUUCGUCUCCUUCCCACCCAUGAUCGGCUACAGCACAUGCGUCACAAUCGCCGGCUUCGUCUUCGGGAUGCAAGGCUGGUUCAUCAUGGCAAGCGCAACGGUGAUCGGCUCGACCACCUCCUUCAUCGUCAGCCGAACCGUUUUGAAAAAAUACGUGAGUCGCAUGACGGAGAAGAAUAAACGUUUCGCGGCUUUGUCGCUGGUGUUGAAACACGAUGGAUUGAAACUUUUGGUGAUGAUAAGAUUGUGUCCGUUACCGUAUUCUUUUGCGAAUGGAGCCAUUUCUACGAUUCCGACGGUUUCGUGGCGCAAUUUCGCGAUUGCGACGGCGAUUGCGAGUCCGAAGUUGUUGUUGCAUGUUUUUGUGGGCGCGCGAUUAGGGGAUAUUGCGGAGAAUGGGGCUUCGAUGGAUACGAAGACGAAAGUUGUGAGUUAUGUGAGUGCGCUUGUUGGGAUUGUGGUUGGGGGCUUGACGGGGUAUUUGAUUUAUGCGAGGACGGCGGCGAGGGCGAAGGAGUUGGAGACGGCUGACGAGGGGCAACCCAGGAGGAGGAAUAGUAGUGCGGGAGAGUAUAUUGAUGAUGGAGAGGUGGAGAGGGGAGAUGAUGAUAUGAUGAGCUUGCAUACCACUGUCUAUGAGGAUGAUCUGGAUACUGGGUAUAGAGAUGAGUUUACAGAUGAAGAAGAUGCUGUGGAGCGAGAUCCUUUUGAUGCUGGAGAUGGUCCCGAGGAUGAGGAGACUGCUAGUAAGAAAGGAAAGGAAUAG